GGUAAAACUAACUUUUCAGACUUUCAGUCAUAUGGUGACCUAGUUUGUUCUUCUCAUAUGGGCUAGUUUAAUAGAAGACUUUUCUUUUCAUAGGUUGAACAAUCUAAUUUGGCUACUAAAAUGACAAUAAACUCUUUAGUAUGACUGGAUGUGACUGGUGUGAGAAAUUGUUUGUUUAUUUAAUUUUUUUCUUCCUUUGUGCUCAUUCCAAAUUUUUUCAGCUUGGACUAGUUUAAUAGAAGACCAAGAUUCGUAUUGUACCAACUCUGAUAAAAAAAGAAACACAUGGGUCCAUAGGUACAACCACUUGGAAUGACUUUAUAUUAAGAAAAGUAGCAGUUGGCCUUUUCUUUGCUGUAGCUGGUUAGAAAAAUAUUGGAAUUUACUCCCUUUUUUUUUAUAUAAUUUUGUCAUUGCCAUAAGAAUGGUUUAUGCUAAAAGAUACACUGACCGUGCUAGUUGUUGAGUUGAAUACUAGUAGAGUUUUGGCCGUAGUUUUCUCGUUUGAUCAGUUACCGUCGUCGUCAUGUCGUCGACCACGUCCAAAAGAACCAUACCAAUAUCUUCAUUCGAGACUUCUUAUGUUUCUUUGGAACUUCUUUCCUACUUGAAAUCUUCGCAAAUUACUCAUUUUCAGAUAUUCAACGAGGUUAUCAUCCCAGAUUUUCUUCGCCACUUAGCCAAAGCAAAAAACAUCUCUCCCCCAACUCUAACGGAAAACGACCCCAGCCAAAACGGCGACCUCCCUCAGGUCGAAGAAGCUUCUUCUUCUAAUAAUGAUGAUAUCCAUGCAAUGUUUGAAGAUAUAAAAACCGACGUUGUUCGCAUCCAAGAGAUCUGUAGGAGACUGGAGCACUGGGAGAAUGAGCUUAACGGCGCCAUGAGAGACCUCGUUCUCCAGAGCUUGGACGACGCUUUUAAAGAAAGGACGGGGGAAGUAAAGACCGAUUCUCUCCAAGAUAAGCUUAGUAGGACUCGAGAUACGGUUACCAAGUUGAAAGGUCUGAUCUAUUCAACUUUGAAGUACGAUUUGAAUAAUUCUAACUUGAGCUUCAGAACGCCCACUUCUAUCCACAGUAAGGUGACAUGGUCGGUUGAGUUACCAAUGGUCGACAUUGGUAAAGAAAUCGCGGUGAGGUCGACGUUUGAAGAAAUCCGAGCCGUCUACGAAGACCUGGACUCGACGAAGAAGCUUUGCUUGCUCUGUUUCUCUGUAUUUCCAGAAAAUGUGGUGAUAAAGAAGAAGGUUCUGGUUCAUUGGUGGGUCGGAGAAGGUUUCAUAGACUCGUCGGACUGCGGAAAAGACGAGUCCGUUGAGAAAUUCGCGAGUGGGUUCUUUAAAGAGUUCAUAGCCAAAGGCCUAAUCGAGCCCGUUUUCAAAAAGCGGAGGCCCAGCGCCGACAGCUGCAGAAUGGAACCGUCCGUACGAUUUGCCGUAAUUAUGCUCGCGGAAAGGGCAGGGUUCAUCAAGUUUGACGCUAAUAAAAACCCGAUAGCGAAUUUCUCUAGCUCCCACAGAGCUUGCCUGGUAAAAUCCGAUGACGGUUCUUGUGUUCGGGAGCUGGCGUACGGUUUUCGUUCUAAACAAGAGAACGUACGGACGGUGUUCAAUGUGAGUGAGCAUCGUGUUGAGUUUAAACCAGCUUGGUUUUCGAAGAUGAAGUAUGUUCGGGUGCUUCAGCUGGGGAGGUGGGAGAGCUCUGCCAAGCAUUUGAUUGAAGUUGAGGACAGCGAGUUCUUAAAAGGGUUGAAGAAGUUGAAGUUUCUUAGGUACCUCAGUCUCAGAGGAGUCUCUAGGAUUACAGAGCUUCCUAAUUCGAUCUCCAAACUCGAGAAUUUGAGGAUCUUGAAUCUUAAUGGCUGUAAUGAAUUUCAGAAACUCCCUGACGGAAUAGGCUCGCUUAAGAAGCUGACUCACCUAGACAUGUACGAGUGUUACUUGAUUAGCCAUAUGCCCAAGGGACUAGCUUCUCUAUCCGAACUCAGAGUCCUAAAAGGCUUCGUUAUUGGUAAGCAAAUACCCGGAGGCCAGUACUGCAAGCUGGAGGAUUUGAUCAAGUUGGAACAUUUGGAGAAGUUGAGUAUCCUUGUGGAUAAAAAUUCACACACGGUUAUGAGAGAGCUCAACUCUUUGGCAAACUUUGGAAAGCUCAAGUCUUUAUCAAUAUCAUGGUCAAGAAUCUAUAAUUCGCCCAAACCCCAAAGGAGUACGCUCAGAAGGCUUACCAAUCUCAGCAGAGUGCGGACUUCACCGUUUGAAGGGCCUGCAGCUUCGACUAUUCCCAAAACAGUGGAGAAAUUUGGCCUCCAUUAUUUCCCCGUUUCUAAUAUAUCUGAGUGGUUUUCACUUGGGGAACGGCAGAACUUAAGGAAGCUUUAUGUCAGGGGAGGAGAACUUGCUAAUUUGAAGGAUCAAAAGUGUUGCUGGGAGACUGUUGAAUAUUUGCGUCUCAAGUUUUUGAGUAAACUGAAGAUGGAUUGGCGAGAAAUGAAGCAAGUCUUUCCAAAACUAACUUACAUGGAGAAAAUCAAGUGUCCUCAACUCAGUCUCUUCCCUUGUGAUGAGAAUGGAAUCUGGAAGAGUGAAGCAUCACAACAGGACAAUUGAUCUUUGUUUAUCUAUUUCCUUUUUUAAGUUUUAUUCUAUCUCUCUUUUUGUACCAUGCUCUGCUUGUAAAAGAUCGUUAUGAAAUACAUUGAUAAUUUAAUAUCCUGA